UUCACCCAAAAGAUUCAGUCGAAGCAGAAAUCGUUCAUCUGGAUGCAGAGACUUGCAGCUCUUCCAGCUAAAGAUCAACCAGGCUCAGUAUCACAGAAACGUGUGCUGAGUCUGUGUGUGCAGGACCGUUAUUCCGAGCUGUAAGGAAACAGAUCUACGUCUGGAUGAUUUUUUCUCAAGUGUGCAAUUCUGAGAUUUUAUUUGAAAGAGAAGCAGUGGAGAGCGUGUGUGAAACCUCACACUGAGGGCAGUGGGACAGGCUGAUGGAUGGAGAGGAAGAGCCGAGAGACCAGCAUGAGGAGCGCUUAAGGGAAGUGUUUCAGAGUUUUGAUGGGAGUGGUGCUGGUUCACUAAGCCCAGAGGAACUAACUGAGCUCUGUCACGCCCUACAGCUGGCAGACCAAGCACUACAAACACUGCUACACACGCUGUUCGACACACAGGACCAAAUAAACACACGAGUUGAGUUUGAGCAAUUUAGGGACGCUUUGAUUCUGGUGCUUUCCUCCAGUGAAGAAACGCUAGCUAACGAAAGUCCUCCUCGACCAGCCUCCCCAGAGUUCCAGCCUCGCUUUGUAAAGGGCACAAAGCGCUACGGACGUCGCUCAACACCAGAGUUCACACACUCCAUCUCCGAUCUUGCACACACACCAUCAGAGGAAAAAGAGGAAGAUGCAGCUACAAGGACUAGUGAUGGGGCAUUGCCUAUUAAGCGUGAGCGUUGGAACGCUGACGUGAGCAGUCCAGAGGAGUAUGAAGCAGAGGGUCAGAUGCACCUGUGGAAUCCUGAUGAGCCAGGUACACCACGUGGUAGCAGGGCACCCCCCGGUGACCUGGAAGACAGGCUGUACGAUGCCUGCCAGAAGCAGUCACUGCCUGUGCAUGGCACAGCUACCAUCCAUGAACUACGCACACUCUGCCAGCACCUCAGUUUGGAGGUAGGAGAGGAGGCUUUCCAGUCAGCACUUGAGAAGAAUUUGAGUGUGCUGGAGUUUGUAUCUUGCAUCCAAACCAACAGUAAACCACCAACACCUUCUGCCUCAACGCCUUACAGACAGCUAAAGAGACAUCACUCUACACAGCCGUUUGAUGAGAUGGGACGCAGGAUUCCAUCUGUGAUUAGCAGUACAAUCGGACUGCGGCUGUUUUCUGAAUUAGAUGAUGGAACGGGACACACAGCAGUAGAGCAACUUCUGGAUGCCUGGCUAGAAGAUGGUGUAGAGAAGAGCUCCGAAAUACUGCAGGCUCUGGAUUUUAGUCUGGAUGGAAAGGUGAAUCUGAUUGAACUGACUGCAGCUCUGGAGAAUGAGCUCAUGAUCACCAACAACUCCAUCCUCCAAGCAGCACUGGCAAGCUUUAAAGCUGAGAUCAGAUACCUCCUUGAGCGUGUAGAACUGGAGCUCAGGGAGAAAGAGAAACUUCAGUCGGAUUUGGAAAAAGCAGAGAAGCUCAAGUCUCAGCUGGCCUCUGAAGUGGAUGAACAUCACUCUGCAAUUGAACGCACUAACAAUCUUAAUCUCCAAAAGUUGGAGCAGGAUCAUAAAGAUCGUGUGGUGGCUAUGAGGGCGGAGCUGAGCAAAGAAGUGGAGCUUGUACAUCAACAGGCCAAUCAGCAGAGAGAAGAGCUGGAACAGGAAAUCAGCAAGAUCAGAGAGGAUGAGACCUUCCUCAGAGAACAACUGGCCCUGAAAAUUAAGGAAAAUAGGCGUUUGGAGGCAGAGUUGCUGGACAGCACCGAGCGGAUGAUGGAAGUUGAGGCCCAGUUUAAUAAACUGCAAAAGAACCUGGACAAUGUUCUCAAAGAGAAGUUUGGUGAUUUGGACCUGAGCAAUGCUGAGUUUUAUCAGCAGGAGGAACGUCUCAGGCAGCUGCGCAACAGCUAUGAGGAGCAGUGCCGGGAACUGCAGGAUCGUAUAGAUGAGUUGCAGGCUCAGUUGGAGGAGUUUCGAGCUUUAAGUCAUGCUCCGCAGCCCUCCCUCAUGCCCUCACUGUCUGAUGAGUUGGACAGCAAGAGUCCUGGCAUGGAGUCAGACCAAGGUUUAGGUUCUGAAGAAGGGCAGCCCUUUAAUAUGAGUCUGGAGGCAGAGAUGAUCCUGGAACAAUUAAAAGAACAACACAUAAGAGAAUUGGGAGACAUCAGAGAACAGCUAGAUUCCACGGUGAACAAGUGUGAGCACAGGCUAGAUGAACAAAAGAUAUUUCUUGAGGAGGAGAGGAGUCUGCUCUCUUUACAGCACCAACAGGAGAUGAAGGCUAUGAGGGAAGAAGUGAAUGAAGCACUGGCACGAGCUCGAGAUUUGCAGAAACAACUGGAGCAGGAAAGAAGCAGCAUGGAGGCUCAGCAGCAUGUUGAACGUGCUGAACUACAUGCUGUAUAUCAACAGCAGGUUGACUCACUUAGCCAGGAGGUGCAGGAUGCCAGGAUCCAGGCGUUGAAGCUUGAGGAGCAGCUCAGGGUGCUGGAGGAGCAAGAGAAAAGAGCUGAGGAAAGCAGAGCAAGAGAUGAAGAAGAGCUAAACAGGGCCCAUGUGGAGGAGCUUAGCCAAAUUGAACUGAUCUACAAGGAGACACUUAAGAACAGUCUGCAGAAGCAAAAGUGUGAGGCUGAGAGGACAUUCUUAGAGGAGUUAGAGAAAGAAAGGCAGCGUCUGGAAGCAGUUCAUGAGGAGGUGCUGAGGGUUAGAUUAAAAGAGGUGCAGCAAAGGACUGACCAUGAGCAAGUAGAUUUAGAAAAUAGGCUCAGGGAACAAUUGGUGUGGGACAAGCAGCAACUAGAGGAGAGCAGUAAGAAAACACUUCAGGAGGCGCAGGAACGUUUACAGAAAGAGCAGGAGGAACUCCAUAAGAGUCUUCGAGAACAGUGGGACCAGGAGCAUAUGCUUCUACAAGAGCAACAUCAUACUGAGCUACAGAGGUGUUUACAGCAGGAAAGGGAGCGACUACAGGCCCAAGAGGUAGACAAGGUACAUAGAUUGAUGGAGGAGUGGGAAAGAGAGCGAGUUAAGCUACAUGAACAGCAUGAGGAGGUGCUUCAGGCCAGAUUAAAGGAGCAGAGAGAACAGUUGCAGGCACAAGGAGAGGAACAAAAAAGAAGGUGGCAGAAAAUGCUGGAAGAACAACAAGGCCAAAUGGAAGAGGCACACAGGAAGGCCAUGCAGGAGCUAAAUAUGAAACACAGUGAAGAAAGAGAGAUCCUGAGCAGCAUGCUGGAGAAUCUACGCACAGACAUCAGCAAGGAGAGAAGUGAGGCUGGACGUCUGGCUGAGGAAAACCUUGUUUUGAGACAGAAUAUCUCAGAACUGAGAGACGAGGACCUGAAAGAGAAGCAACAUGAACUGCUACUGAAAGUGGAGCACUUCCGUAAGGAGAAAAACACUGCUCAGAAGAUGGUUGAUGGUUUGAAGAGGCAGAUUUCUGAGCUACGACGUCGUGGGAAGCAGCUAGAGGAGGAGAACAAUGCUUUGUCACAGCAGAACGCAAAACACGAUACACUUCAACAUACUCUAGAGGAAGUGAUCCUCCAACAUGGAAAUGGCUCCUCCAGUGAAAGGAGCGAGAUAAAAGAAGUAGAUUAUGCAGCAUCUGUUCGGAGAACUGAAAAGCUGGAAGAGGAAAAGAAGCUUCUACGAGCAGAACUGAACCGCUGUGUGGAAAAGAUGGCUCAGCUUCGUUCAGCAGAAACUCGGCUGGCUGAACUUUUGCACGAGAGACAGAUUGCAGAUAAAAAUAACCAAGUGUUACACACACAAAUGAUCAAGGCACAGGAGAAGGUCCAAGCUCUGGAUUUCACACUUCAAGGAGUCACUCAGCAGAGUGCUCGUCUAAAAUCAGACCUGCGCAUCACAAAACAGGAGAGAGACACUCUCAAAAAGGAAGUGAUCUCACUGCAUAAACAGCUGCAGAAUGCCAAUGAAAAGUGUCGUCUGGUGGAGAUGUCUGCUGUCUCGGUCAGCUCGCACCAAGGGAAGCAUGUGUGGUCGGAGUUGUCUGGACUGAAGGAGUCGGAGCUAAGUUUGCUGCGUGAAGAAAAUCAGAGGCUACAGCGAGAGAUCAAUGAUGCACGGCUGGAGCUCAGCUCUGCACGAGAGAAGGCUCGACAGUUGGAGACGUUGGUGUUGAGUGUAAAACAGCAGAAGCAGCAGUACCAGGCAACUCUAACUAAGACAGCAGAGCAAGAGAGAUCAGUUCUCAAACGAGAGAUAGAGGCUCUGCAAACACAACUACACAAUAAGCUGUGUGACAGUAGUGGAGAGCAGAGAGAAAUUGAGAAUCUUCAUGAGGAGAACCAGAGGCUAAGAAACAAACAGACAGUAAUGGAGGCCCAGCUGAUUGAGGCUCAGAUUAUAGCCAUUUUACCUCCCUCUCCAAUGCGACUGUCAGCCGAGCGAAGAGGACAACGCAGCAGAGACGAUAUGAACCAAGAUAUCAAUAAAGGACUGGAGGUGUCCCUGCUGAAAAUGGAGGAGAAGAUGGAGGAGGUUGAGCUCAGACUCCGAAAUGUCAAACUGUUGUUGCAGGAGAAGGUUUCCCAGCUAAAGGAACAGCUUAAUAAGAACAGUAAAGCGGAUGUGUUGAUCAAGGAUCUUUAUGUGGAGAAUGCUCAGCUAUUGAAGGCUUUGGAUGUGAGUGAGCAGAGGCAAAAGGUGGCAGAAAAGAAGAAUUACCUUCUAGAGGAGAAAAUCUCAAGCCUCAAUAAAAUCGUUCGUGAGCUCAGUCCCUCACCACUAGUGCCUGUGCCAUAUCACAUGACCCGACCUUGAUAACUUACUUUGACUGUUAAUCUAUGCUAUUCAUUUGUUAUUAUACUGUUAAAGAGACUGCUAACGGUCAUGUUUUUCAAAUGCAACAACACAUGACACAAAUACUAAAAGCACACAGAGGAAUGAAACGGUCAGACUAUUUGCUUGUCUGGUUGGGCCUAGAAGUAUUUUGCUGCAAAAAUCUUGCUGGGGAAAAAUAUUUUUUGCUUAAAUGUGUUAAAUCCUUCAAGAUGCAGUUUGUGAUUUAAAGAGCAGUUGUUAUGGAAACACGGACCCACCCUUUCUGCUGAAACUGUAUCUCUUGUGAGUUGGCUUUGAGGAAAACAUGCACAGCUGAGAAACUCAGUUCUACUUGGGUAUGAAGCAUUAGGCCAAAAACAGUUUAAAAACAGAACCAUGACAGUAAAAUUAGAAUGUGUUUUUGUUUUUUGGGGGGUAUUAGUAUUAUUAAAAAUUUAUCAUUCAGGCAUAAUUUUGUUCCAGGUAAACUGUAUAAUUGCACUGAAUUAUCAGUAUUAUUAAUUUUAUAAACCGAAAAUGAAACUAACAAUUUCAUUCCCUGAUCUUCCUGUGUGUGUGUGUGUGUGUGUGUAUAUAUAUAUAUAU